AUGGAAAUCGCUCGCCUUGAGAUUAUAUGGGGGGGUCUGGAUCAGGCCACAGAGGGCGCUCGUGCGGCGGCUGGUAGGAGGGUUGCUGCUCCCACAACGGAGGAGUGUGAAUCUCCCCAACACGGUGUUCCGGUUCCGCCUCCUCUCCAAAAUCCAGAUGCUCCAUCUCUUCUCCACCUCACCUCCAUCUCUUCUCCACCCCAUCGCCUCCCCUCCAUCUCUUCUCAACCCUGUCGCCACCAUCUUUUCUCCACCCCAUCGCCUCCAUCCUCCAGCCGUGCUCCAGAGCGUCUGCCCGUCGCCUCCAGUAUCCAUGUCGGUGCCCCUCCACCCAACGACUCGUCGCCUCCUCCCUCAACCAUCCAUGCCACUAAAAAGAAGAUGUUGAAUAAUGAAAGACAAGCCAUUGGAGAUAGCAUUGAAAACAACUGUGAAGUUACUCCCCAUGAGGAUGACAAAUGAGAUGAAAAAAAGAGAACUUGGAAAGAGGAAUUUGAAACUUCGAAGAUAUUGAACAGUGAACAGUUAUUAGAUAGUAGUGUGAAAUUUUUAUUUUAGUUGAUACUUGAUAUUGAUGUUGAUUUACAUUUUGUUGGUUGAUGGAUGUUAAACAUGCUAUAGUUUUGUGAUUUUU